AUGAGUACGAAUGAUCCGCUGUACGGAUACCUCGUAGCUUCUACCACACCGAGCUCAACCACUCGGCUCGCCAUAGAUACAAGCGAAGUUACGUCCGACUUCGCACGAACGACAAUUUUUGUGUCAUUGAUCCCUGUCCAAACCCUCUCCUCUACUUUCAAAACCACGACCGCGGAAAUAUUCUCAUCCUCAUCUUCGACGUCAGUACCAGCGCCCACUACUACACCCGGCGCUACACACAGCAGUUCAGGGCUAGACACCGAAGUAAAAGGCGCAAUCAUCGGCGCAUGCGCAGGAGCCGGCGUCCUCUUGGGCGGAAUCAUCAUCUUACUCCUCUAUCUCCGCUCGAAGCGACGCAAAAGCAGGACUGGAACAAAUGGCCAAGAGCAGUCUCAAGGUACUGGCCCGGAAAGCGAGGAGAAGAUAUCAUAUCGACAUGUUGAAGGAGUUUCUGAACUGGAAUCGCCACUUUACCCCAUGCACGCGGAUUCGGGAAAUGGUCCCAUCAACGCCGUCGUUUCUGAAUUGGAGUCUCCCCUCCACUCACCUGACCAGGGUGGAGCGUUGCAACCUCAGGCUCCCACGGAACUUCCGGCUAUUCAAGAUUCAGUUGAGACAGAGGAUCGUGCAGGUGACAAGAAGUGA